GCUGUUAUUACUGCUGACAGAAGGACCAAACACAGCCAUGGCGGAGAGUGAAGAGUGGGGAGAGUGUGUGGAGAGGAGAGGGAGAUUAACUGUGGUCCUGGUCCUGGCAACGCUCAUAUCUGCAUUCGGGUCAUCAUUCCAGUACGGUUACAAUGUGGCUGCGAUCAACUCUCCAUCACCGUUCAUGCAGCAGUUCUAUAACACCACCUACAUGGAGCGUUACGGCACACCGAUGGAGGAGAACCUCCUAACUCUGCUGUGGUCUCUCUCUGUGUCCAUGUACCCACUAGGAGGCUUCUUCGGCUCCCUGAUGGUGGCCCCUCUGGUCAACAAACUAGGGAGGAAGGGCACCCUCCUCUUCAACAACAUCUUCUCCAUCGUCCCAGCUGUGAUGAUGGGAGUCAGUGAGAUCACCAAGUCCUAUGAGAUCAUCAUUGUGGCGAGGUUUAUAGUCGGCAUCUGUGCAGGCCUCUCAUCCAACGUGGUGCCAAUGUAUCUGGGAGAACUCGCUCCCAAAAACCUGAGAGGAGCCCUUGGUAUCGUACCACAGCUCUUCAUCACUAUCGGCAUCCUCAGUGCACAAGUGCUGGGCAUCAGAAACAUCCUGGGCAACAGCACAGGCUGGACCCUCAUGCUGGGUUUGACUGGUAUCCCUGCAGUGAUCGAGCUCCUGCUGCUGCCCUUCUUUCCAGAGAGCCCGAGGUACAUGCUCAUCCAGAGGGGAGACGAGAAGACAGCAAAGAAAGCGCUACAGCGUCUGCGUGGCUGGGAAGACGUGGACGCGGAGCUGUCAGAGAUGCAUCUGGAGGAGCAGUCAGAGAGGGCAGAGGGCCACCUGUCUGUGCUCAGCCUGCUGUCCCAGCGCUCGCUCCGCUGGCAGCUGGUCUCCAUCAUCGCCAUGAACAUGGGCCAGCAGCUGUCGGGGGUCAACGCGAUCUAUUACUAUGCAGACAGCAUAUACGGCUCUGCAGGAGUCAAGCAGAAUGACAUCCAGUACGUCACUGUGGGGACAGGGGCGGUGAAUGUCUUCAUGACUAUAGCAGCUGUUUUCAUCGUGGAGGCUUCAGGACGACGGCUGCUCCUUCUCAUUGGCUUUGGGAUCUGCUGUGUAUCCUGUGUGCUGCUCACUGUUGCACUCAACUUCCAGGAGACUGUGACGUGGAUGCCUUACGUCAGCAUCGCCUGUGUCAUCAUCUACGUCAUAGGACACGCUAUAGGACCCAGUCCCAUUCCUUAUGUGGUGACCACUGAGAUGUUCAGGCAGUCGGCGAGGCCUGCCGCCUUCAUGGUCGCAGGCUCCGUCCACUGGCUCUCCAACUUCACUGUUGGCCUCGUCUUCCCCUUCCUAGAGAGAGGUCUGGGCCCCUACAGCUUUAUCAUCUUUUCCUUCAUCUGUCUGGUCACGCUGAUCUACAUCUGGCUGGUAGUCCCAGAAACCAAGAAUAAGACCUUCCUGGAAAUCUGCCAGAUGUUCGCCAGAAGGAACAAAGUGGAGAUCAAACUGGGUGAUGGGGAUCUGCCCCUGAAAGAAAGCAAAGAAAGUCUGGAGGAUGCAGAGAGGGUCACGGCCUUCUGAGGACAAAUGAGAGCAUUCAGAGGAGAGGAAGUCUUCACUCUGGGGAGGUCUGCAAUGGACUGGAAAUGUCUUAAUUUUCUAUUUCACAAGGAAUCUUUACACAAUCUCUUUUUGUAUCCACCUUAUUCUCAGAAGGGAAACUGUAGAAAUGAUUAUAGAUGUAACUUCCAAUGGAUGCUAACUGCCAGUGGCGAAACAAAUUGACCAUAAAUUCAGCAAAUACUGAUUUUUUAAAACCAAUAUUUAAAGGGAUAGUUGAGAUUUUUAAAGUGAGUUUGUAUAAUGUACUUGUCCAUAGUCAGUGUAUUAUCUACAGUAGAUGGUGGUCAGCACGCCUUCAGUUUGGAGAAGCAGGAAGGAGUACCGACCAGGCGGCAACCUCCGGCUCUGAGCAGUCAGGCAAACCAGGAAGUGCCUUAAGCUGCUUUCUACCAAAAACUCCAGCAGGUGGCGCUGACAAAGGUUGCAGAAGCAUUUCGGUCAACACUAUGGUCUCAAUCGCUAGUAAAACAUGUUCUUCAAGACAAUUUGAUGUUAAUAGUGCAAAUAAUGGCCCCAUUUAGAAGAAAAUAGAAGAUAAAGAAUUGUAUGAUUUGGGGCGUGGCUACCUUUGAUUGACAGGUCACUAACAAGGUGAGCAGUCAUCAGGAGAGAAGCAGAACAAUGCGUAUCCAUGGGAACGUGUCAAUAAAGUUAUACAUAACAUUAUAUACAUAUAAAAAAGGAUGUUUACCGGUUUGGUCUCAUAACUUUGACCCUUUCACACUGUAUUUUCACUUAAUGACAGUUUAUUUGAACGUUUAGUUCAUUAAAAAUGUCUUGUUCAGCGUUUGGUUGGACUAACAGACACUCCAAUGAGUCGCUGUUCAUUAUACUGAGGUAUGAACAUCCCAGUUAAUGCUAACAUGAGUUAGCAGUGGCUUCACUCAGUCAGGUUGAGGUGUAGAGAUGCGUGUAGUCAGUGUCGUCAGAUCCCUCUCACUCCUCCACAGUCCAAAUAUGCUCUGCUCCCCAUUUCCAAAAACAAGAUGGCGACACAAGAUGGUGACGAGUGUAACGCUUUGCUCGAUGCUUAAAACGGGGAGUCCACAAACCAAUGGGUGACAUCAUGGUUAUUACGUACAUUAUUUAUACAGUCUAUGGUAGGCUAACGACACAGAAGCAAGGCAAUGUGUUGCUGUGGACGAGGGCAGCGAGAAAACACAUUUCAGGCUCUUGAAAAAACACCAGUAUCAUUUUAAGUGUACAGAAUAUUUUCACUGCUUAACUUUGCCAUCAGACAGCCUUUUCCAACUAUGGUCACUUCGAAGCUACCAGACUCCAUUGACAAAAACAGUAAUUUUACCUCACAGAACAUGAGAGUUGAUGUUCUACCACUGCCUUGUUUGGUUAGUUUGUUUGUUAGUUUCAGCGGUAGACCAGCAACUCCUGUGUUCUGAGAUGUAAAAUUACUGCUUUUUUCAAUGGAGUCUGGUGGCUUUGAAGAGAUCGAUAUAAGGGCUUCAUUUCCCUGUCGUUAAGGGCUGACCCACAGUGAGGUAAAGUGGUGAAAAUAUUUUAAAUAUAGCUUACACUUUUCCAGAUAUAGUUGUUUUUUUAGGUGGCUUAAAUACAUUUAGCUUCUUCCUGCUUUUCCAAACUGACGGCUUGCUGAUCGCCAUCUACUCUCUAAUCUAAUCUAAUCAUCUGCAGCAACAGAUCCAAAAAGCAGCUAAAUAUACCACUGAAUCUAUUUAUUUAAGCCCACUUAUUCAGGUUGUAUGAUCACAUUAUUCCAUGUGUUCCCGUGUUUUAUAUCCAUAGAAAAUGCUGGUUCCACUUCAGUGACAGGACACACCAGAAGAUAGCCUCAAGCAAGCUUUCAUGGGGGCUAGGAUGGAUGGAUUUAUAGAUAGAUGGACGGACAGAUAGAUAGAUAGAUAG